GCCUACCGAGCUAUGACGAAUCCUUACUCCUCUGUGCCUCCUGUUGGAGGGGAUGAACAGGACAGACCAGAGCUCGCCAGGAUAGAGCUAGCCGGCUUGAAGAUACUAAACGUCUGCAAAGACAUCCUCUUGCAGGUGGCGCUACUGAGAUCAGCCGUCGAAAACGAGAGCAGGCGAUCAAAUGAGUUCCGCGCUAUGGAGAUCAAGGAGCUGAAGGAUAUGCGCCAGAUCAUCGACAAGAUGACGGUUACUGUCGAAUUUCUUAAGUCGGGGCUUCCCGUCGCGACCGCCUCGCACGGGACCGUCGAGUGAGCCUUCCCUCAGAGGCCUCAGAGCCGCUGCCGAGGGAGACAGGGGGAUGGUAUUAACGCUUUAAGGGCGCUUUUUCGGGUUGCUUCCUUAUUUAAGAAACUUAUAUUUUCAGAAACAAAACACAAAAAAAUGGCGGCGGUUGAAUCCAAGCCAGCUAUGGAACCUAAACCUUUAAUGGGCCGAGGGGGUCGUGGUGGACCAAUGGGAGGUCGUGGUGGACCAAUGGGAGGUCGUGGUGGACCUAUGGGAGGACGUGGGGGACCUGGAGGUCCUAUGGGAGGACGUGGAGGACCUAUGGUAGGUCGUGGAGGCGGUGGAGAUAGAGGAGGUGGACGUCAUGAGAAUGGAGAGGAUAGAGGAGGACGAGGAGGUCGGACCUAGGUUCGCUGACCCAGGAACUUUUGAAUGUGAAUACGGAGAGAAAUGGAAACAGCUUUAUGAAAUGAAGAAACAGAAGCUGGAAGCUUUGGAUCGUGAGAUGAAAUUAGAGGAAGAUAAACUUAUUGCACAGAUGGAGUAUGCUAGGUACGAACAUGAGACAGAAACCCUCCGACAGCAACUACAGCAGAGAGAACAGGAGAGGGAGAGAACAAAGAGUAUGUGGGAACAGAAAGAGAUGGAGAUGGGACGUAUGUUGAGUAUGGAGCAGCAGAGAAGAGCUGAGGAGGAGAAGAUGAUGAUUGACAGGAUGCAGAGACAGGAUGAUUCUAUGAAGAGAAGACAGGAGGAGAACAAUCUCUUCAUGCAGGCUCAAGAAAUGAACCAAAUGCUCGAUGGUCCUGACGUACGACGUGGAAUGGGAGGCGGUAUGGGCGGUGGCAUGGGAGGUAUGGGUGGUGGCAUGGGAGGUAUGGGUGGAGGAAUGGGAGGAGGCAUGGGCGGCGGUAUGGGUGGAGGCAUGGGCGGUGGUAUGGGAGGAGGAAGAGGAGGUAUGGGAGGAGGCCGAGGCGGAAUGGGAGGAUUCAAUGAAGGAUUCAGAAAUAGUAGAGGGCGGGACGAGGAAGAUUUUGCAAUGUCCCGAGGUGGGCGUGGCGGUAUGGACAUGGGAGGACGAGGCGGUAUGGGCGGCGGACGAGGCGGAGGUAUGCCCAUGGGAGGUAACCCCCGCCGACAGUUUGACGGCGGUAUGAACGAGGGACCUGGAGCCAAGAGAGGAAGACGGUUUUAAGCAUUUUGUAAUCUCUCGAAUUAUUUAGUUAAAAUGUGACGGUGUAUUUGUAUGCUGCUAAUUUCUGUAUAUAUUUGUAAUUACGUGUCUAGAAACAUAUUAAACGAUUAAAUUUCA